AUGAGUCAGAACCGCAAUGAAUGCAAGAAAAAAAACAUGACGAUUCUUCAAACCAAGUAGAAAUAAACAAUCCGUUUUCCCACGAAUGUUUUUCUGAUCUUAACAGUGGGUCGGAGAAAGUAUCCGAAAAAAACUUGACGUUGUCUUUGGUGUCAAUAUUUUUUGCGAAGUGGGUCAUGGGAAAUAAACAAUUGUGGGAGGAAGUUCAACGGUAAACAUACCUGUCGAGGCACUUCUUCGCGGCUCGAAUGUCCUCUUUCUUUUUUUUGAGUUUAUUCAAGAUUCAGAAAAUUUGAAAACUUUCAGAAGUCGGAGAAGCAAAUUGAUAGAGGAUCGCUAUUACAAGAUUCUAGUCACUAAAUUUCAAGAAACAGUAAAAUUUUAGUUCCAAAAGCGAAACUUCUUUUUCGUACACGUAAGAAAAAAUCAUUUAAAUGGAAAAAAAUUGAAAGUUUUUGCACAAAAACUACGAAGCUCCAAAUGACGAUUGUAUGUGAAGCGCAAAUGCGAUGUUAUAUGAAUUUUUCUUUUUGAAAAUUUUUUUUUUGUUUUUGAGUUUUUACUCUCUUUUUUCUCCUACAACCAAGGUCACCUCGAUUUGUGUUUUAAAAUUUCAUGAAAUUUGACCGAAAAUUUUCUGAAGAUACCAGAAAUAUAUCUCGAAAGUUUCAACCUCCAAAAUUUCCUAGUUUUCGAGGAAUGGGCUUAAAACCCAAAAUGCCUAUUUAGGCGGACUUUAGAGUUUUCUCUGACUUUGAGAUGUCCAUUCUCAAAAACUAGAAAGUUUUGCAGGUUGAGACUUUUAAAGUCUGGAAAAUUGAGUACGGUUUCGGUCAAUCUUCAGAAAACUUCCAAUCGCAAAGUAAAAUUUAAUUUUUUUUUUUUCUUGACUCAAGUGCGGUUCAAUCGACUCGCUCCGUAAUAGUUUAUUUAUUUCCGUUUCGAACGUCGCUAGUUUGAACGAGUCAAAAAGCUCUUUCUCCGAAACUGUUAGAAAAUUUCCUCGAUAAGCUACAUAGCUGUUUACCUCGUUUUGAUAGCUUAUCAUACGCUCUCUUUGGAAGUCUUGCCUCUUUCUCGAAGUUACUUUUGUUUUUGUAAGAAGUGAAGUGCAAGAAGGCCGCCGACGUGUACUAUGUUCAUCGGACACGUCUAAUUCAAGGUUACGACAAAUCUACUCAAGAGUUUUUUCGCCUCGACCGUUGGUGCUUACUCAUUCAAAGAUAAACAACUUCAGAGGCAGCGUGUCUAAACAAGAGAUCAAAAACAGCCGAGGGAGAUUCGAAGAGCGCGAGAUAGUGUUCGAAGUUGUGGAGGUGCCGCGACUCCGCCCACUUUUGUUGUUUGCGGCGUGCGCAGGACGCAUUUUGUGUGGCUGUGGAGUCGCGCUGCGUGGUCGUUCUUCCGUCCAGCCUUCGACCUCUUUUGCAGUCCUCCGAGCAAACCAAGUUUCAACUUCAGUUAGUUUCUUCUUUCUCCGUUCUAAAGUUUGGCCAAGAGCUUUUCUUUCGCAUGAGAGAAGCUGUUAUACUCGAAAGAUUUGAAAAUUGCAAUGCUUGACAUGCUCUCAGAUGUAUGAGUAGAUGAAGAUUCUAGAACAACAUGGGAAAUUUUUUUGAACAGCGCUUGCAUUUUCUGUUUCGAGCCUACUGCUCUAGAAAUUGAUCUAAAAUUGUGAAUUUUUUUUCAGAACGGUAGUCAAAAAAUGUCUUGGCUGGCUCUGGGAUGAAAAACCUGUAGCCACACAUAAGAGCAUGGUAGAUCGUUAUGGAAAAUGAUCGCGAAAUUUUCAGUUGAAAAGAGUUUUGUACUCGUUUUAGAACUCUUGAAAAUGCUAAAUGCAGGAAGAACUGAAACGCGAAAUUUCUUCAUAUUUUCGAAACUAGAAAGCUCACUUUGUCUCCUCGAAAUAUUAAAAAAAAAUCAAAGGUUUCGUUCCCUACUCAAUGAUAAAGUGUGACGAAACAUUUUCCUCCAAAAAACCCCCUUCCGUUUAGUUUUAAUAGUUGAAGUAAGCCUGAAAGGUCUUUCCUUUCUCUUCAAAGCUUUAUCAUUUCUUCCACAAUAGUCCCAAGAGAGCAAUGAACAAAGCAUUUUUGUCAUGACCAAAGAAACAGAACAACAUGUUUUGAUAAAAGAUGGAUUUUUGAGCUUCUCCUUUUGAAGCCUUUCUCUUUUUCUCUCUUGCAUUUCACGCUUGUUCGGCGAUGAAUUCUGCAGGAAGUCUGCAUCGCAUGAGAAAUUCCAUAUUUAUGUGUUAUUUCUUGUGAAUUUUUGCUUGUCAAAAAGCGUUUUCAGGACCAUUACGUUCGCUUGAGUCGUUUACAGACGUGUUUGUGUGAAAAACAUUUCACGCAGCUUCGAAAAUGAAAAUAAACGCUUUUAGGCGUUGUUUUCGUCGAAAUUUCACACAGCAUAUUAGUCAUCGAGAAAGUUUAGAAAUCCAUCGGAUGAUUCAUUUAAACAUUUCGGAAACCUUUCAAUACAUUUAAAAUGCUUUUAAUGUUUUUGAUAUUCACCCCAAAAUUUAUACAUUUUUUUAGAAACUGCAAAACCUUUUUGAGUUCCUGUGUACCUCAGAAAGGAAAGUUCUAGCUGCCCGUAUAUGUUACCGUUAGACUUUCCAUAUUUUUCAAAAGAAAGAAAAUACAGAUCGAACGGGGCAAUAUAGGAUUAGUCAUCGGGGCGUUCUUUCUCGAAGAAAGGCCUGAGUCAGUCAAACAGACAUGUACUAUUCUGUCCGCUUCUAGAAAUAUUAGUAUAUCUUGUUAUAGCGGGCUUGUAAUUUUCAGAUUCACUAAGUCUUUUUUCUCGAAACACCAUUAAAGAAUUUCUCAGAACUAGAAUCCUGACCGUUGAAAUUUGAGGCUCUUAAACUGGAGCUUCUAGAAGUCAGUCCUUUUAAAUAGAGGAACCUCAUAAAAUGGCCUCUUUCCAAAUUCGCUCAUUUGGUAAAGGAAAAUAAAUUGAAAAAGGCGCGGCUCGAAACAACUUUCUUUGUAUUUAAAUUUUCACGUUAAUGAUUAAAAAAAACACAAAGUUUCAAACCAAUUGAUCUUUUCGACCUACGAGCAUUGACCUCCCAAAUAUGAUUUCAUCGACGUUGUUUUGAUAAUGACGUCAUUGUAAAUAUUAUUGUUUUUCCGUUGUUUUUCUAAUGGCUUUUUCUCAUAUUCCUUUCAUUUAAAGCUUUGGACAUUUGGUUUUGUGACGACUAUAUUCUCUCCUAUCCCAGCCAUAAGGUGCAUUUAUUCUCCGCCAAUGAUGGAUUGAGUGAUGUUUAUUUCUCUUCUCAAGGCAUUAUUUUCGUUUACCAGCUGCUACUAAGACGCAAUUAACUGCACAUUUAUCUCUGUUUUUGUUUUUUGUUAUGUGUUCAUUGGCCUCCUAUAUAUUCCAUUUGCUCUUCCGCUGUGUAUUCUUUCGCUCGCGCAAUCUUUGAGAGUUUUUCAAAUCAUUACACUAUACAGAAAAGAGGAUGAACUCCCCGUACGCCACCAUCUUGGACGCCAACGACUUCAACGCUCCUCUCUUUGCCGAGAAGAUCGACCGCGCUCUUCGCGCCGGCGAGAAGGACACCGUCGCCCAGAUUCUCGCUUCCAUCUCCAACAACCAGCGUCAGCAGGUUGGAAUUUGCAUUAUAAAAAUGAGAGAAAAACUUACAGGCACUAUAUAUUUUUAAAAAAACUUUCAAAAAAAUCCUUUACAAAACCGGAAGUUAUCAUUAAGAUCGAACAUUAUUUAUGGGUUUCUUUUGACAAUAGGGCGAAUAUACGUAAAAAUGUAGUAUCAUCAUUUUCUGUGGACUUGUUUUCUAGUGUUAGAGAUCAAAGACCAGCUUGCCCGUCCAAUGAAGCCUCCGUAGAGAACACAAUUAGGAAGCACCUUGCAAUGAAGCUCUACGAGCUCGCCGCUUUUUCUGAGGGUUUCCAAAACAGAUGUAGAAAAGCGAAACCUUUCCUUCGUAGCAGUUAUCAGAAAAAAAUACAUUACGAAAGUUCACAUUGAACAAGGUUAAUGAACUAAUUGUAUCAGCCUAAAGCUUGAAAGGAGUAAAUCUUGAUUUUAAAAUAAUUCGGCGACUUAGACACAAAAUUUUAGCUUCGCGAUCCCUACAAGAUCAAGUACGGCAAGGAGCUGUCUGCCGCCCUGGACAAGAAGUUCAGUGGCGACGCCGAGAAGCUCGUUCUGGCUCUCAUGGAGACUCCUCUCGAAUACGACCUCAAGCAGCUCAAAGGAGCCAUGAAGGUAGAUAAUUGAGAAAAAAUUAAAGAAGAGUAUUCAAAAUUGAAAGAAUUUCAGGGCCUCGGAACCGAUGAGAACGUGUUGAUUGAGAUUCUCUGCUCUCGCACCGUUGACCAGCUCCGCGCUAUCCGCGCCGCCUACGAGCGCGAAUUCGGCCAUCAGCUCGAGAAAGACGUAUGAUUUUUUUUUCUGAAUUCAGCACGUCUUGACGCCAGAAGCGGGAUAUAAAAUGUUGUGUACGCAUUACACGAGACACACGAAAUUCGACGCGCAAAAAAAAUGUGGAAAUAUAUUUAAAACUUUAGUGAAAAUAAAUAAAACUUCAAGCUUUCCAGGUUGCUGGCGAUACCUCUGGCGAAUUCAAGGAUUUGCUUGUUUCGCUGGUGACUGGCAGCCGCGACGGCACUCAUGACACCAACGACGCUGCGGCCAAGGACGUAAGAUUCAUCAAAUCAUUGAUUUGUCGAGCCUUGUCAAAUUCAAGUGUUUGAUUCAUGAUUUUCAGGACGCCGUUCGCCUCUUCGCCGACGGCAAGGGAAAACUCACCUCAAAGGAUGAGCCCUCGCACUUCCUCAAGAUCCUCUCCACCCAGAACCAGUAUCAGCUCCGCAAGGCGAGUCCAACCUUCCUUUCAACAUUUAGGCUUUUCUAGAGAAACAGGCGAUUUCAAUAAGUGACGUGAUAUUUUACGAUGAAGAGUUUAAUGGGAUGCUUUCAGGUGUUCGCUCACUUCGAGCAACUUUCUGGUGUCCCAAUCGAGAAGGUCAUCGAGAAGGAGUACAGCGGCGACCUCCAGAAGAGCUACUUGACCAUCGUCCGCGCAGCCACCGACAAGCAGAGAUUCUUCGCCCAGCAGCUCUACAACUCGAUGAAGGGUCUUGGAACUCGUGACAACGACCUCAUCCGCGUCAUUGUCACUCGCUCGGAGGUCGACUUGGAGCUCAUCAAGGCCGAGUUCUUGGAGCUCCACAAGAAGAGCCUUGCUGACAUGAUCAAGGUAACUUUCUGAGACCUGUUUUCCCAUUCUGAUAUUUUUUUUUUCAGGGCGACACUUCUGGAACCUACCGUGAUGCUCUCAUCACCAUCGUCAACGGAAACCGCGGCACCACCGCCGGCCACUAA